UUACUUACAUAUCCCCAUCAACUGACCCUUCCUCUCUCUCUCUCUCUCUCUCUUUCUCUGAAUGAGCUUCAUUUAGGAACUAAGUUCAUCUUCAGUCAAGCAAAGAAGGAGAAUCCUGACUGAACAGAAGAUAAAGAUGUUUGCCAUAGAUUUGAAAACCUCUCGGCCAUUUGCUGUCAGUGUAGCUCAUGCUUACAAAUUCGCCUUCUCCACAUUCACCGGAUUCAUCCCUGAAGAGGCUGGAAUAGUAUGGAAGCAUGUAAGGGAAUCAAUACUCAUUCCAGUGCUGAAGAUAGCUAUCAUCAUAUGCUUGAUCAUGUCUGUGAUGUUGGUCACUGAGAAGCUUGCCAUGGGAAUGGUCACCUUAUUCGUCAAGGUCUUUCGCCGUACACCGGAGAAGAUCUAUAAAUGGGAGGCAAUAAAAGAAGAUGAAGAACUAGGAACUUCUGCUUAUCCUAUGGUCCUUGUUCAAGUCCCCAUGUUCAAUGAGAGAGAGGUUUAUAAACUUUCCAUAAGAGCAGUGUGCAAUCUUGUGUGGCCAGCAGACAGGCUCAUAAUUCAAAUUCUUGACGAUUCAACAGAUUUAAGCAUCAGGGAAAUGGUGCAAAAAGAAUGUGAUAGAUGGGUGAAAAAGGGAAUGACAGUGCAUUACAUAUCAAGAGAUAACCGAAACGGAUACAAAGCCGGAGCAAUGAAAGAAGCAAUGUUGAUUGAUUAUGUAGGACAGUGCGAGUAUGUCACCGUCUUCGACGCAGAUUUUCAGCCUGCGUCGGACUUUCUAAUGCGAACUGUGCCUUUUCUAAUGCAUAAUCCCCAGCUCGCUCUUGUUCAAACUCGAUGGAAGUUUGUGAAUGCCGACGAAUGCUUAAUGACAAGGAUUCAAGAGAUGUCACUGAAUUACCACUUCAAGAUCGAGCAGCAGUCCGGUUCAUCGACUUUUGCUUUCUUCGGUUUCAAUGGAACUGCUGGAGUUUGGAGAAUAAAGGCUAUGAAUGAGUCUGAAGGAUGGAAAGAAAGAACAACAGUGGAAGACAUGGAUUUAGCUGUUAGAGUGAGCCUAUUGGGUUGGAAAUACUUGUAUGUUGGAGAUAUAAAGGUGAAAAGUGAAUUACCAAGUACUUACAAGGCUUACAGAUACCAGCAGCAUCGCUGGUCUUGUGGACCAGCAAAUCUUUUCAGAAAAGUAACUCCAGAGAUAUUGAGAGCAAAGAAAGUGUCUUGGGUGAAGAAAUUAUUUCUCAUAUAUAACUUUUUCUUCGCUCGGAGAAUCAUAUCACAUAAUGUGACCUUUUUCUUUUAUUGUGUGGUGAUUCCGGUUUCCGUAUUCUUCCCUGAGAUUUCAGUUCCACAAUGGGGUGUGGUCUACAUUCCAACUGUUAUUACUCUACUAAACUCUGUUGGAACUCCAAGUUCAAUUCAUUUGACAAUCUUCUGGAUCUUGUUUGAGAAUGUCAUGUCAUGGCAUCGAUGCAAAGCGGUUUUUAUCGGCCUGAGCGAAGCUGACAGAGUGAAUGAAUGGGUUGUUACUGAGAAAUUAGGAGACAAGUUCAAGGGAAAACCAGCAGCUAAAAUUAAAAAAUUCCAAACCAAGUUCUGGGAGAGGUUCCAUCUAAUGGAGAUCGCGAUCGGAAUAGUGCUAGUCUUAUGUGCAUCCUAUGAUUAUGCUUUCAACACUGACCACUACUUUCUCUACAUCUUUCCUCUAGCAAUCUCAUUCUUCAUUAUGGGUUUUGGUUACGUCGGCAUUUUUCUAUCUUCGAGCAAGUAGAUAAUUAUAUCUUGUUUUCGACAUUCAUUCAUCAUCAAUUUCCCAGUCCACAGGUUGAGGAGGAAUGAAUCAUAAGAAUGCUCAAUCUGAGGAUGAACCAUUCUGUGGAAUUCUUAGUGAAAGUAUCAUCAUGUAAAUCAGUAGAUAUACUUGAAGAAGCAUUUCGGAAAUGCGAAUUAUUGAGUACAUAAGAGAAUGAAUGAAUGCAUGAAUGAAAUAAAUAAUGUUGUUUAAUUUCA